UACCACGGAAUAUAAUCAUUGACUAACCUCGUCCAAACGGUACAUCAGUAGCCAAUCAUUGUAGCCACAGUAAUCAAAUUUUGUUUACGUUCACUGCCUCGUCUUGUUAGAUAGAUUAUAUAUAAAUUUUUCACAAGUCAAUUUUCGGACAGUAUCCCCUAGCAAGUGUCGACGCUGGGAUUUGCUUGUACGAUUGUGGUAUAAGCAUAGGUCUUGAUAGUUUAUGAGAUACUUGAUAUGUAGUAGAAAGAAAUUGUCCAUAUUUUAAGAUAAAAGAAUAUAAUUAUAAAAAUUUGUUUUACACGAUGGCCAUGUUCGAAGUUUUAAGAAAAGAAUAUAGUAAUUAUUUGCAACAGUGUUUUAAGCUGUCAGAUAUACAAAUAUUUCAGAAGAAAUGUGUCGAACGGUGUACAAAUGACAGUGAUAGAAAAGCUGCAAUUGAUCAAGCAUUAAGGGAUACUCUUCUUGUAAUAUUAUCUGAAAAUGUAUCAAGUAAUGUGCCUUUACUUGAGACCUAUAUUACAUUCUGCAUCGAAUUAUGCAGAAAAGACUUAGCAACUGCAAGUAUGCCAGUGAUGCUACUUGGUGAUAUAUUUGAUUCUAUGACACUCGACAGAUGCGAACAGUUGUUUACUUUUGUUGAGAACAAUGUGGUUGUGUGGAAGGAAGAUUUAUUCUUUAGUGCCUGUAAAAACAAUUUGUUAAGGAUGUGCAAUGACUUACUUAGAAGGUUAUCUAGAUCACAACAAACUGUAUUUUGUGGAAGAAUUCUUUUAUUUCUGGCUAAGUUUUUUCCUUUUUCUGAGAGGUCUGGUCUUAAUAUUGUUAGUGAAUUUAAUUUGGAGAACCAUACAGAAUUUGGCUCAGAAAAAUCAGAGGGAGACGAUUUGGAACAAAUAACUAAGGAUGAUGAUAAAUCAGAGACUAAAGUGCCAAUUGAUUAUAAUUUAUAUAGAAAAUUUUGGGCACUCCAAGAUUUUUUCAGAAAUCCCAAUCAGUUAUACCUAAAAAUGCAUUGGAAGAUAUUUUCAACGCAUGCUUCAAGUGUAUUGUCAGCAUUUUCAUCUUUUAAAUUGGAAGAACAACGUAAUUAUCCUUCAACAUGUGUUAAAGUUGAAUCUUCCAUGGAGGGAUCUCAUAAGGAAACCCCUUAUUUUGCAAAAUAUUUAACAAAUCAAAAAUUGUUGGAGCUACAACUAUCUGAUUCAAAUUUCAGACGAUAUGUAUUGCUGCAAUUUCUCAUUCUUUUCCAAUAUCUUAAUAGCACUGUUAAAUUUAAAGCCUUCCUUGCCAGUGGCUAUGAGACAAGUGAAACACAUGAACUAAAGCCUGACCAAGUAGAAUGGGUAAAAGGAACCACGGAGCAAGUAUAUGCCUUACUGACAGAAACACCUCCCGAUGGUCCAACAUUUGCAGAAACUGUUAAAAAUAUAUUGAAACGCGAAGAGCACUGGAAUGCUUGGAAAAAUGAAGGAUGCCCACCAUUUAAAAGACCAACUCCAGAUUCUAGUGCCGACAUAGAGGAAUCAAAAAAACCAAAGAGACCAAGGCGUAGAAUCGGAGAUGUCAUUAGAGACGCCCAAGGAGUAGGAAAAUAUCAUAUGGGAAACCCAGAACUCACGAAAUUAUGGAACUUAUGUCCUAAUAAUCUUGAAGCAUGUAAAUCUAAAGAAAGAGACUUCCUUCCAUCUUUAGAGACAUAUUUUGAAGAAGCUAUUAUGCAAUUAGAUCCUAAUGCAAUGGUAGAAGAUGAAUACAAAAAAGUAAACGAUGGGAAUUUUGGUUGGCGAGCAUUGAGAUUACUAGCUAGACGUAGUCCUCAUUUUUUUGUCCAUGGGAAUUAUCCUAUUAAUAAAUUACCUGAAUAUCUCGAAACAAUGAUUAAAAAAAUCGCUAAAGAUCGGCCACAGACACAGUCGGAUAUAAAAUUAGAAACAGAGGAGACUCCCCCGCCAGAAGCGAACGAUCAAGAAUUUAACGAAGAUGUUCUCAAGCAAGAGAGUGAACAAGUUGAAGCCGAAAAUACGGAUACGAAAGGACGAAAAUUAACGAAAGUGACACCUGACAUGGUGGCGAAAUUAUCAGAAAUUCUGAAAAACGAUUGGAAAAAGUUAGCAACCAAGUUUGGUUACACUAGUGAAGAGAUUACAUUUUUCCAAGGGAAACCAACGCCGUACGAGCAAUGUAAAAAUAUGUUGGAAAUUUGGGCGGAAGAAGAUGUAGAUGCAUCGAUGGAAAAUUUAGCAUAUAUUUUAGAAGGUUUAAAAUUCACGGAAGCGCUAGCUGUUUUAAAAUCUUAAUUACCUCGUGAAAGAGAUAAUCUUAAAAAAUGUAUGAUACUAUAUGAAUUAAACUUUUACAGUUUUUGGAA